GGAUCAGCUCCUCCUGCAAGCCCGGAGAGCAGCAGCAAAGAAAAAGGAUUUUCCACCAGUCAACAACGAGAAGGCAAACCCGGCAUCCCCCGGAGGAGCAGCAUAAUUAAGGAUGGUACGAAACAAAAGCGAGAAAGGAAGAAGACUGUGUCGUUCAGCAGCAUGCCCACGGAGAAGAAGAUCAGCAGUGCAAGCGACUGUAUCAAUGCCAUGGUGGAAGGCUCUGAGCUCAAAAAGGUCCGAUCCAACUCCAGGGUGUAUCACCGAUACUUUCUUUUGGAUGCUGAUAUGCAGUCUCUCCGCUGGGAACCUUCAAAAAAGGAUUCUGAAAAAGCAAAGAUUGAUAUCAAGUCAAUCAAAGAAGUAAGAACAGGAAAAAAUACAGAAAUCUUUCGCAGCAAUGGAAUAUAUGACCAGAUAUCGGAAGAUUGUGCAUUUUCAAUUAUAUAUGGCGAAAAUUAUGAGUCACUAGAUCUGGUUGCUAACUCAGCAGAUGUUGCAAAUAUUUGGGUUACUGGCUUAAGAUACCUGAUUUCUUAUGGAAAACAUACUCUAGAUAUGCUAGGAACUACUCAAGAUAAUAUGCGGACUUCGUGGCUUUCACAAAUGUUCAGUGACUCAGAUGUAGAUAAUCUGGGGCAUAUACCCCUAUGUAAUGCUGUACAAUUUAUAAAAGACUUAAACCCUGGUUUAAAAAUUAAUAAAAUUGAAUUAAAAUUCAAGGAGCUACAUAGAUCCAGGGAAAAAAUGGGUACUGAAGUAACAAAAGAAGAAUUUAUCGAAGUUUUUCAUGAGCUUUGUACCAGACCUGAAAUCUAUUUCCUGUUAGUUCAGUUUUCAAGCAAUAAAGAAUUUCUAGAUACCAAGGACCUCAUGAUGUUUUUGGAAGCAGAGCAGGGUAUGGCACAAGUCACAGAAGAAAUAAGCCUUGAAAUUAUUCAGAAAUAUGAGCCAGCCAAAGAGGGCCAGGAAAAGGGUUGUCUUUCUAUAGAUGGGUUUACAAAUUACCUUACUUCACCAGACUGCCACAUAUUUGAUCCAGAGCAUAAAAAAGUUUGUCAAGAUAUGAAACAACCUUUAUCUCAUUAUUUUAUAAAUUCAUCUCAUAAUACAUACUUGAUAGAGGAUCAGUUUCGAGGUCCUUCUGACAUCACGGGCUACAUUCGUGCUCUAAAAAUGGGUUGUCGAAGUGUUGAACUGGAUGUAUGGGAUGGUCCAGAUAACGAGCCUGUGAUUUACACAGGGCAUACAAUGACAUCACAAAUUGUCUUCCGUAGUGUGAUUGACAUUAUUAACAAGUAUGCAUUUUUUGCUUCAGAAUACCCUCUUAUUUUGUGUUUAGAAAAUCAUUGUUCUAUUAAGCAGCAGAAAGUGAUGGUACAGCACAUGAAGAAAAUUUUGGGGGACAAACUGCAUACGCAGUCUCCAAACAUUGAAGAGUCUUAUCUUCCAUCACCGGAAUCACUUAAAGGGAAAAUACUAAUUAAAGCAAAGAAGCUUUCUGCUAAUUGUUCUGGACUAGAGGGAGAUGUUACAGAUGAAGACGAAGGAGCAGAAAUGUCACAGAGAGUGGCGAAGGAGGGGGUAGAACAGCAAAACUCAAUGACAGGGAAACGAUUCCAGCUCUGCAAAGAUCUCUCUGAGUUGGUAAGCAUAUGUAAAUCAGUUCAGUUCAAAGAGUUUCAAGUUUCAUUUCAGCUCCAGAAGUACUGGGAAGUGUGCUCUUUUAACGAAGUGCUUGCUAGCAAAUAUGCCAACGAAAACCCAGGAGACUUUGUAAAUUAUAACAAACGUUUUCUCGCAAGGGUUUUCCCCAGUCCUAUGAGGAUUGACUCUAGUAAUAUGAAUCCCCAGGACUUUUGGAAAUGUGGUUGUCAGAUAGUAGCAAUGAACUUUCAAACACCUGGUUUAAUGAUGGACCUUAACAUUGGUUGGUUUCGACAAAAUGGAAACUGUGGCUAUGUCCUUCGUCCUGCUAUCAUGAGAGAAGAGGUUUCCUUCUUUAGUGCAAAUACAAAAGACACUGUGCCUGGAGUUUCGCCUCAGCUGCUUCAUAUUAAAAUCAUUAGUGGGCAAAACUUCCCUAAACCCAAAGGAUCAGGUGCCAAAGGUGAUGUUGUGGAUCCUUAUGUCUAUGUUGAGAUACAUGGAAUCCCUGCUGACUGUGCUGAGCAAAGGACGAAAACAAUGCAUCAGAAUGGGGAUAAUCCAAUUUUUGAUGAAAGCUUUGAAUUUCAAAUAAAUUUGCCAGAGCUAGCUAUGGUGCGUUUUGUAGUACUGGAUGAUGAUUACAUUGGGGACGAGUUUAUUGGGCAAUACACUAUUCCCUUUGAGUGUCUCCAGACUGGUUAUCGGCACGUUCCUCUGCAGUCAUUGACUGGUGAAAGUUUAGCUCAUGCUUCCUUGUUUGUGCAUGUGGCCAUUACUAAUCGAAGGGGUGGUGGGAAACCUCACAAGAGGGGCCUCUCUGUGAGGAAGGGCAAGAAAUCAAGGGAAUAUGCUUCUAUGAGAACAUUAUGGAUUAAAACAAUAGAUGAAGUAUUCAAGAAUGCCCUCCAACCUAUUCGGGAUGCUACGGAUUUGAGAGAAAAUAUGCAGAAUGCAGUAGUUUCAUUCAAAGAAUUAUGUGGCCUCUCUCCUGUAGCAAAUCUUAUGCAGUGCAUUUUGGCAGUGUCUAUGCACUUGGUUGGACCUGAUAAUACACCCUUGGUAGUAGUGAAUCUCAGUGAUCAGUAUCCAACUAUGGAGCUCCAAGGGAUUGUUCCAGAGGUCUUGAAAAAGAUUGUAACAGCGUAUGAAAUGAUGAUUCACACCAUCAGGAUUCUGGUUGAAAAUACAGAUAGCUUAUAUGAGAAGAUAGUACAGUGUCAGAAAGCAGCAAUGGAGUUUCAUGAAAACCUGCACAAUAUAGGAGCAAAAGAAGGCCUAAAAGAAAGAAAACUGCAAAAAUCAGUAGAAAGUUUUACGUGGAACAUAACAAUUUUAAAGGGACAAGCUGAUCUUCUCAAAUAUGCUAAAAAUGAAGCGCUGGAGAAUCUGAAGCAAAUUCAUUAUGCCACUCUUUCAUGUGGACUUAAUAAGCCAGGCACUGAAAAUGCAGAAAUCUCAAAGCCUCGUCGAAGUCUGGAGGUCAUACCUGAAAAAGCAGGCGAUGAAAAUGGAGAAUGAGAAAAGGCUCUUCUCGUAAUUUUGGAGUUUAUAACUCUGUGACCAAUUGUAGCUUCAUAGGACAUUUGCUUUGCACUUACUGUUGGAAAAUAUUCGGAAUUUUUAAAGCACAACUGGAGAAGCUAAUUACAAUCUAUUGAAACUGUGAAUGUAUGUAGCAACUCUGCUUGUGAAGGCAAUGAUUUUGUGUAACAUGGAAAUUACAUUAUUGGCCUAAAUAUAGCAUAUAUAUGUAAAAGAUACUGUAAUUCAGUAAUCGCGUGCAGAAAAGUUCAUUGUAGGCCCAUCAGGAAA